UAAUAAGAAUAAAAAGGGAUCAUUCAUUCCAAAACUGCGUUGAAAAAAAGCAACUUUUUCAUCUACUUCCCUUGCCACAUCCGUAUACCCAAAGCAACCCCUCUCUCUUAUUCCAUCAUUUCUUUUUCUUUUUGUUUCUUCAAUCAUCAAAUUUCUCUGACGCUUUUCAUCGAGCAGGAUCUAUGAUUCGGCUGUUUAAAGUAAAGGAAAAGCAAAAAGAGCUUGCAGAAAAUGCAAAUGGUGGAUCACCUAUCAAAAAGCAAACUGCAGGGGAGUUGCGUUUACACAAAGACAUUUCCGAGUUGAACCUGCCGAAAUCUUGUUCCAUAUCAUUUCCUAAUGGAAAGGAUGACCUGAUGAACUUCGAGGUUUUUAUUCGACCUGAUGAAGGAUAUUAUCGUGGUGGCACAUUUUUGUUCUCCUUCCAAAUUUCUCCCUCCUAUCCGCACGAGGCACCGAAAGUUAAAUGCAAGACCAAGGUCUACCAUCCUAAUAUUGACUUGGAAGGAAAUGUUUGCCUCAACAUCUUGCGUGAAGACUGGAAACCUGUGCUCAAUAUAAACACCGUAAUUUAUGGAUUAUAUCAUCUUUUCACGGAACCAAAUUACGAGGAUCCCCUCAACCACGACGCUGCUGCAGUGUUGAGGGACAAUCCAAAGAUGUUUGAAUCUAAUGUGAGAAGAGCUAUGUAUGGUGGGUAUGUGGGGCAAACCUAUUUCCAACGGUGCAUAUAAAAUGCAAACGCACGAUGUUAUCGACGAUUGAGUUUCUGUGGGUUGUAUAGUCUGUCUGGAAAUGACCUUUGUCAUCCCCUUUGAAUUUCUCUGUGUGAAUCUCAGGGAAUUAUUUUCUUUUAAGACCAACCAGCUAAAAUUCUAGUUAUGUUUUGCUCUAGCUUUCCUAAUGUUAUAUGUUGGUGUGGCA